AAUAUUACAAUUGUUUAAUUACAAAAAUGAAAUACUUCAUCACUUUGUUAUUCGCCUCAGUCUGUUUGUUCCAUUUUGGCUUAUGUCAGAACAAUAUUGACUGGGAGAAUGUAGAACACUUAAAUUAUGUUCAUCCAUUACUUAAACCAAAAAUACUAAACCAUAAAUUUAAGCAUCUAGAAGGAAGAAUAAUUAAUGGUGAAGAAGUAAAACCUCAUCAAUAUCCUCAUCAGGCUGCUCUUUUCUUGCAAAUGGGUGAAAAUGUUGCAUUUUGUGGAGGAUCAUUAAUUUCAAAACGUUACAUUUUAACAGCCGCACAUUGCGCAUAUGGAAUUUCAAAUUUCACUGUAAUUCUUGGAGCACAUAAUAUCAAAACAAAUGAAAAAACUACUCAAACCUACUAUACAAAUGAAAAAGUAGUGCAUCCAAAAUGGGCAAUUUCCCAGCUUUUACUUCUAAAUGACAUUGCGCUAGUCAAAUUACCACAAGACGCCGAAUUAAAUGAAUUUGUUCAACCAAUUCGAUUACCAAGUUCUUCUCAAAGUGAGACAACAUUUGCCGGCUUGAAAGCUACCAUACUUGGAUGGGGUAAAACAUCCGAUGCAAGUAACGAAGUGAGUCCAGUAUUAAGACACGUAUCGAAUGAGAUUGAGUCACCAGAAAGUUGUAAAGCAAUAUACUCUGGAGAAAUUCCAAUUUCCAGCAGAAGUCACAUAUGUUUCUCAACACAAAAUGGCCGUGGAGCUUGUAACGGAGAUAGUGGUGGUCCAAUGAUUGUUACUGAUACAGAUAACAAAGUGACACAAGUUGGAAUUGCUUCAUUUGUAUCAGGUCAUGGUUGUGAAGCAGAUUAUCCAACGGUGUAUACUCGAAUUUCAUCUUUUCUAGAUUUUAUCGCAGAUAACAGUGACGUUAAAAUUAACUAAAUUUUAAUUGUAAAUAUUAAU